AUGCGUACGGCAUUCUCGCCAGACCUGUCCACAUCAGAUGCAUCCACAGACGCCGGUUCGUCGCCUCAAGGAAUCCUGAAUUCGCUCGAUCAACAACCGCACAUCCACCGAAGACCAGUUUCACCCAACUCACAUCGCCAACGCACUCCGGCCGCUUUGUCCCCGAGCGGAGGCUCCGGCCGACUCAAGCGUCGUGCUUCACAAGGCUCGGUAAUAACCAAACCAUCUUCAGUCACCCGCUUUCUAUCCCGUAACAACGCCGCUCUACAUCCGCCAUUUCUCGACACCGCUGGCUCAGUCACGAAAUCCUAUAGUCGAUCCGCCGAGUUCCGUACACACUCCCUCGACUCACGCCUUCGGAUCUCUACCGCGUCGAGUUCACUGGCAAUUGGAACCACCAAGUCCUCCUCACCGGCGUGGGAUUCGACGGACAAGAGCGAUUAUCCCGCAACCUUACCCCCAACACCCCCCGAAGACGACGAUCACAUUGCCUGGAGUCCUCGUAACAAUAUGCUGCUUUUCGAAACUCACAUGAGCCCGGCUUCGGGCCUAAUGGCCAUGGAUGAAGGUCCAAAUAUGGAUACCUCUGCUGGAAGGGGAAAUUCAGAUACACUCGGCAGCCCGUCGGAUAAUAUCUCACCUUCAACCUCUAGCGGGAGUCCUCAUUCUUCUAGCGGCGACAUGGAUUGCGACGAUAGCUCGUGGCUCGAGAACAGCGUACAGACAAUAGUAUCGUCCCUACCUUUCUCAAAUGCCCGAGGAGAAGCCGCCAAAAUUGUCUACCAAAUGCUGCCAUAUCCGUGCCCCGCCGAUAAACCGACGAGCGCUGAGAUCAAUGAGAACGUCUUCUGCUCAAUUAUCCAAGCAGUCCAGCAUCAUUUGCAGCAUGGGCAAUCCCCAUAUAUCAACGUCACCCACGCAGUUCCAGAACAAUUCAGUCUUUCCAACCUCCCGCAUUCCCCUCCUAGCACGCCUCACUCGUCAUCUCGAUCCGAUGACUAUUUCAGACCAACCGCAGUAUUUUCCAGCGCCGCCGUGGUCUCUGCGUAUCACGACUUCCGAGGCCCGAUUCAAACCAAGACGCCGCAUUUCCCUAUGCCGAUCGUGCCUCCGUUCAGUGUCCACAUCUCUGUCCUCGAACGUUACCUGCCCCCCUCGUCGGUCCAAGAAUAUAAAGACCUCUUCUCACCCAGCCGACCGUCCUUUCUUGUGGACCGAUUGAGUGAACUCUCCCCCGACGGGGGAUCGAUGCUUUUCAUUUACCCCACCAGACGAGGAGCCUCGACUUUCAAGUCGCAGUAUCUCGGACCAAUCCUCGACCCUUUACUGCGACAGCUCGUCGUGGUGAAUGAGUUGUCAGCAGAGAUUGGUCGGUAUCUCGGCAAAGUUUCAGCGGUCGCUCACAUGGACGACUUUGACACCAUGCGGGAAAACCUCGACCAGCUCUGUGGCACUUUGAGCUCAUCCUCCUCCCGAUUCAAUAUCGUGGACGCUCGCAAAGGUAGCGUCCGCCUCGAUCGCAAGCUCUGGUCAGAGUGGUAUAUCCACCAAGAUAAGGCUCGGAUGAAGGAGGUAAUCAGCCUUUACUGGCAAAAUAGCCGUCGUCUCCCCGCGUCAAAGUCGACGACGUUAAACACAUCCAGCUAUCACCGCCUGGAGACUAAGGAGGUCACAUCCGCCAUGCUGCUCAGUGAGAUACUCGACGGUAUCCGAAAAAGACCAUACGGUGAAGAGAUGGAGCCUCGAGACGGAAUUGAGCUCGGCAUCUUUGUUAUUCGCCGAUCUCACUAA